AUCCGCCAGAGGUUGCAGUCACGCACGGCACCGCCCUAUCUUCUUCUUCCUACUAUAAAUAGGAGUAGCAACGUAGCCGUGUCAAACAGAUUAAGCAAUUAAAGCUAGCUCACGAGCUGCUGCGUUUCACCGGCAAUGGCCACGGCCAAGCUCGUCGUGGCGUCUCUCUGCCUCCUCGUCGUGCUAACGCAGCACGAAGCUGCUGCCGCUGCCUCCAAGAGCUGCCACGGCGGCCGGGCUGCGGGGAUGGUGGAGGCCAUGUUCGUGUUCGGGAGCUCGCUGGUGGACAACGGCAACAACAACUUCCUCAACGGCUCCCGCGCCGUGCGCGCCGACUACCUGCCAUACGGCGUCGACUUCCCGCUCGGCCCCACCGGCCGCUUCUCCAACGGCCGCAACACCAUCGACGCGCUCGGGGAGCUCCUCCUUCUCCCCGCCGGCGGCCGCAUCCCGACGUUCGCCGACCCGGCCACCAGGGGCCGCGCCGCGCUGCACGGCGUCAACUUCGCGUCCGGCGGCUCUGGCAUCCUCGACGACACCGGCAAGGCAACUGGCGAGGUGCUCAGCCUAGAGCAACAAAUCACCAACUUUGAGGCGGUGACUCUUCCUAACCUGCGGGCCCAGCUUCAACGAGCCAACGAUCGCAAGAAGAUGAAGGGCCAUGAUUUCUUUGACCGUUGCUACCUGCCCAAGAGCCUGUUCGUGAUCGGGUCAGGUGGCAAUGACUACCUGCUCAACUACUUCAGGCCCAGAAAUAGCGAGGAAACCAGGCCCGACUUGUCAGAUUUCACAAGGGCCCUCGUCGCCAGGCUCUCGGCCCACCUCCAGAGACUGUACGCUCUGGGGGCGAGGAAGUUCGCCAUCUUCUCCAUCCAGCCCAUCGGGUGCUCCCCCGUGGUGAGGGCGUCGCUCAACGUCACCGCCGCCGUCUGCGUCAAGCCAGUGAACGCGGCGGCGCUCCUCUUCAACUCGGAGCUCCGGUCGCUCGUUGACGCCGCGGGGCCGAGCAUGCCCGGCGCGAGCUUCUCCGUGAUCGACUCCUACAAGAUCACCAUGGACGUGCUCGACCACCCCAUGAAACACGGCAUCACGGAGACGUACAAGCCUUGCUGCAGCGAGAUGGGGCCGUCGGGGGUGCUCUGCCGGAAGGGAGGGCCCAUCUGCAGUGAUCGGAACGAGUACCUGUUCUUCGACGGGCUCCACCCGACGGACGUGGUGAACGCCUGGAUCUCGCGCAAGGGGUACGGCUCCGUGUCGCCGGAGGAAGCAUACCCGAUCAAUGUGAAGAUGUUGGCCAUGUUGUAGGCGGUGAUCUUCCGGAGCACAUGUAGUAACUCUUACUAGUGAUCUUGCAAUGCAGCAAGAGUAUUGUAUGAUCAUCUUAAAAUCUGCCGGUUCAUUUCUCGAAGAUGUUCAUCGAGGAAUAUUUGUGCUUGCGUUUAUAGGGGUUAGGGGUUAAUAUAAAUACGUAUUUAUUA